UUCGCUUGUUGCAGUGGAAAAGAUCAAUUAUUCCAAAAGAAGAUAAAGGCGAAAAGCACAAAAUUAGGUGUAACCCACUAACAGUCAAAGGUCGGACCACUAUUCAUCUCAUCCUUAAAUCACAGAGGACACGAACCUAACUCAUUAUCUGCUGCAAACUCAGUCAACCAACAGUUCAACACUUUUUCUCAUCUUUGUCAAACUAAAUUUGCUUGGAAACCAUGGACGCAAUUGCUUCAAAAAUCAUUGAUCUGCUGAGCUCUCCCUUUGCUGAGGACUUCAAAUUGAUUUGGAACUUCAAAGAUGAUUUGGAGAGCAUGAAGAUCACUGUGGCUUCCAUCAAAGACGUGCUCAGGGAUGCCGAGGGAAAGGCCACCAACCUCCAAGUUACUAAUUGGCUGGUGAAAGUUAAAGACGUUUUUCUUGAUGCCGAUGACCUGUUCGAUGAUUUGUCUGCUGAAGCUUUGAGGAUAGAGAUUAUGACCCAACGCAGAAAAGCGAAAGAGGUACGAGUUUUCUUCUCCAAGUCAAACCGAGUUGCUUAUUAUCUUAAAAUGAGUCAUGCAUUUAAGGGAAUCAUGAAAAGACUAGAUCACCUUGCAAAAGUUAAGAAUGAUUUCAAAUUCAACGAUUCCGCUCCAGAUGUUCCAGUUCUGUAUAGGGAGCGAGAAACAUACUCUUUUGUGCCUGAACAUGAGGUUAUUGGGAGGGAGGAGGAGAGGAACUGUAUCAUCAAUUACUUAUUGGACUCUAAUGUGACAGACAAUGUUUCAGUAGUUUCUGUUUUUGGAAUCGGAGGAAUGGGAAAGACUGCCCUUGCUCAACUUGUAUUCAAUGACAAGGCCGUUCAAAACUAUUUUGAGCCAAAAAUGUGGGUCUCUGUGUGUGAUGAAUCUGUUUUUGAUGUAAACCAAAUGGCUCAAAAGAUUUUGGGGAGACAGACAGGGCAAGUGGAACACGAUCUUAGUGACAAGAUUGGGGGGAAGAGAUUUUUACUUGUCUUAGAUGAUGUCUGGAAUGAGGACAGUGCAUUGUGGAUUAAAUUGAAACACUUGCUGAUGGGAGGGAGCAAUGGGAGCAUGAUAAUUGUAACUACACGUAGUGAGAAAGUAGCAAGGAUAAUGGGCACCCAUUUGUCAAUUUCCUUGCAAGGCCUAGAUGAACAAAAAUCUUGGGAACUAUUCUCUUGUGUGGCUUUUGGAAAUGGUGAAGAACCAAAUGGAGAGUUGGUAGAAAUCGGAAAGGUCAUCGUCAAGAAGUGUUCUGGAGUCCCCCUUGCUAUAAAGACUGUGGGUAGCCUCUUGUACUCACGAAACUUGGGAGAAAGGGAUUGGAUAUAUUUCAAGGAUAGUGAACUUUCAAAAAUAGCUCAAGAAGAGAACAAAAUCUUUGAAAUUCUCAGACUUAGUUAUGAUCAUCUUCCCUCUUACUUGAAAAAUUGCUUUGCUUAUUGUUCUUUAUUUCCAAAAGAUUUUGUGUUCGAGAGGAAAACACUUAUUCAGUUGUGGGUAGCCCAAGGGUUCAUUCAAUCAUUUGAUAGAAGUAGAAGUGUAGAAGAUGUUGGUCAUGAGUACUUCAUGAUGUUAUUGUCAAGAUGCUUCUUUCAAGAUGUUAAAGUAAAUGAGUAUGGUGAUGUAUGGACAUGCAAGAUGCAUGACCUCAUACAUGAUCUGGCAAUGUUAGUGGCAGAGAAUGAAUAUAUUGUCAUAAGCGAAGGAAAAGAUGGAAACUAUGGUGAUGGGGUUCGUCAUGUGUCAUUUGAUAAGAACAAAUCAUUUUUGUGGAAGGUUCCAACUUCAAUGCUCAAGGCAAACAAAUUAAGAACACUAUUAUCACCUAACGGAUUCAUUCAAAUUACCUUAAGUCAUCUUCCACCAUUGUUAAGGUUGCGUAAAUUAUUUGGUGGUUCUGCUACAUCAUUCCCUAAGCGCUUACGGGUGUUGGAUCUACACUAUUCAUUUAUUAGAGCAGUUCCUGAGAUCAUAGGAAAGUUAAAGCACCUAAGAUAUCUUGAUUUAUCAAAUAACAAUUUUGAGGAGCUCCCACUCUGUAUUACUGAGCUAUAUAACUUGCAGACACUGAAACUCAAUUGCUGCUUCAAAUUAAAGGAACUGCCAGGAGAUAUCAGUAAAAUGGUUAGUCUUAAGCAUCUUGAGCUGAUGGGCUGUAAUUCAUUGUUAUAUAUGCCAUGUGGAUUGGGACAAUUAACUCACAUGCAAACGUUGACAAAGUUUGUAUCCGAUGAUAGGAUGAGAAAUAGUGCAAGGAUAAGUGAGUUGAGCAGGCUCAAUAGCCUGAGAGGGAAACUAAUAAUCACAAGCCUGCAAGCCCAACGUGGUAAUACAACAGAGGUUGAGUCUACAAAGUUACUUGCUGAGAAGCAAUAUAUUCAGGAAUUAGAGCUUAUUUGGUUGCCAGAGUCAGAAGAAAGUGAAAGGGAAGCUGGAUAUAAAGAUGAGAUAAUUUUAGAUGCAUUGCAACCACAUCCCAAGAUCAAAAGGCUCAGUUUGGAUCGAUAUUGUGGCAACACAUUACCAAGGUGGAUAGGGAAUCUAACAUGGUUGUUGAAGCUUCAUAUCUAUUGGGGGAAAUGUUUUGCAUCACUCCCAAUGGAAAAUCUCACAUCAUUGAGGGAGCUUACAAUCACCAAUUGUCUCUCUCUAGUAUCAUUACCAGAAUCAAUGGGGAAUCUCACAUCACUAAAAAAGCUUGUAAUCAGAGACUGCUCUUCUUUAGCAUCACUGCCAAUGUCCCUCGGAAAUCUUACAUCCUUGAGGGUGCUUAAAAUCACAAAAUGCUAUGCAUUGGAAUCAUUGUCAAAGUUGAUAUGGAAUCUCACAUCACUGUGGAAGCUUCAAAUUGAUAAUAACACAUGUUUGGUGUCAUUACUAGAAUCAGUGAAGAGCCCCCCAUCACUGUCUGAGAUUCAAUUCAUCGAUUGCUCUCUUUUUGCAUCACAAGCAGAACCGAUUAGGAGUGUUUCACCAUUGAAAAAGCUUGAAAUCUCAAAUUGCUCUGCCCUAACAUCUCUACCAGAUUCAAUUUGGAAUCUUACAUCACUGAGGGAGCUUAAAAUCACAAGUUGCUUUGAUCUAGCAUUGCUACCAGAGUCGAUAGGGAACCUUACAUCACUGAGGGUGCUUGAAAUAAAAAAUUGUUCUGCCCUGGCAUCACUACCAGAGUCAAUAGGGAAUCUUACAUCAUUGUGGGAGCUUGAAAUCACAUAUUGCUAUGCUCUGGCAUCACUACCAGAGUCAAUAGGGUAUCUUACUUCACUAAGGAAGUUUGAAAUCACAAAUUGCUCUGCUCUAGCAUCAUUGCCAGAGUCGAUAGUGAAUUUCACCUUACUCCCAAAGCUUGAAGUAAAGAAUUGCUUUGCCUUGGCAUCAUUACCAGAGUCAAUAGGGAAUCUCUCAUCACUGCAGAAGCUUGAAAUUGCAAAUUCCUUUAAUUUGGCAUCGCUACCUGAGUCAAUAGGGAAUCUUUCCUCACUACGACAACUUGAAGUCACGAAUUGCCAUGCUUUGGCAUCAUUGCCAGAGUUGAUGAAUCUCACAUCAUUGUUGAAGCUUGGAAUCAUAGGUUGCCAAGCAUCACUAUUGGAGUCGAUUGGGAAUCUCACAUCCUUAAUGGUUCUUGGAAUUGAAUGUUGCUCUAAUUUGACAUCAUUACCAGAAUCAAUAGGGAAUCUCAUAUCACUACGAGAGCUUAGGAUCCAUGAUUGCCUCACUUUGACAUCGCUACCAGAAUCCAUAAGGAAUCUUGUAUCACUGCAGGAGCUAGAAAUCUCUUGUUGCUCUGCUUUGGCAUCACUCCCAAACUCAAUAGGGAAUCUAACUUCACUGCAGAAGCUUGGAAUAAGGAAUUGCUUUGCUUUGGCAUCAGUGCCAGAGUCAAUAGGGAACAUUACAUCACUGCAGAAGCUGGGAAUUGUAGGUUCAUAUGCCUUGGAUUCACUACCAGAGUCAAUAGGGAAUCUCGCAUCAUUAUGCAUGCUUGAAAUUGGAGAAUGCAUUUGUCUGGAAUCUCUGCCAGAGUCAAUGGGGAAUCUUACAUCAUUACUGGAACUCGAAAUCAAAUAUUGUUCUGCUUUGACAUCCCUACCAGAUUCUAUAGGAAAUCUCACUUCCUUGCUGAAGCUUGAAAUCAAAUAUUGCUUCACUUUGGCAUCUCUACCGGAUUCGAUAGAAAAUAUGACAUCUCUACAAAAACUUAUCAUCACAGAUUGCUGCAAUUUGAAACCCUACCUGAAUCAAAAAAAUCUCCCAUUCCUUGAGGUGGGCCGGCCAUAGAAAAAUACCGAAGGAAAGAGUUGAUGUUCUUAUCUUCAAUCAAAACUCAAGUGAUGCAAGCAGACACUUCAACAUUGAUUCCAAUUUCGCAUUAAAUGGAAGCCGUUUGCCUGAGGACUUUCUUUCACCUUGUUGCUGAAGUUCUUCUAGUUCUUAGAGGAUAUUGCAUGGUUCAGAACGUGCAGGGGUGAGAAGGUCUUCCCCUGAAACCAGACUGCUUGUCAAAAAGUACAGAAUAAGAACAAGUGGUCGAAAGAUUCCUCUUGCCUAGAACAGAAAAAAACAUGAUUCCUGGAUAGCCAUGUGAUGCUCCCUUAAGCAACGAGUGGUAGGUAGCAGAUUCCACAUAAUCUUAUCCUUCCAAAUCGAUAGCCUCAUUCUGGGAUUUCACAAAUUCUGUAACAUUGCUUCACAAUAUAUUCUUCAAGUGAUGGAACAUGGGGGCAAAAUGAUGCUUCCCCUUUGUCUGCUUACCUAAUCUUGUGAAUAUGCCUAUUUCACACAUUAGUUUUUAGGGUAAUUUUUCAUUUUCUAAUAUUAUAAAAAUAUUAUUCUUGAGCA